AUGACUGUGCUCCACUUGCACCUGUACCUCACUGCCUUGGGCUUCUGGAUGACACAGCAGUCCAGCUCCUUCCUGCUGCCCAAUGCUACCGAGCUCCUGUCCCCCCCCGGGGGCAGAGCCGCGGGCCUGCUGUGGGGCGCGGGGGUCCCCCGGAGCCGUCGGAAGCGAUACCUCUCGCCCCGCGACAUGAGCGUGAUUUUGGACUACCACAACCAAGCACGAGCACAGGUGUCCCCUCCUGCUGCCAACAUGGAGUAUAUGGUGUGGGAUGAGCGACUGGCCAGGGCAGCGGAGGCGUGGGCUGCACGCUGCCUGUGGGACCACGGCCCCCCCCAGCUGAUGAAAUACGUGGGGCAGAACCUCUCCAUCCACUCGGGCAGGUACCGCUCCGUUGUGGACAUGGUGAAAUCAUGGCACCAGGAGAAGCAGCACUACUCCUUCCCCCACCCCCAUGAGUGCCACCCCCGCUGCCCCUCCAAAUGCAGCAGCUCUGUCUGCAGCCACUACACGCAGAUGGUGUGGGCAUCCUCCAGCCGCCUGGGCUGCGCCCUCGGCACCUGCACCAACGUGCGGGUGUGGGGCAGCACGUGGCGGCACGCCGUCCUCCUCGUCUGCAACUACGCCAUCAAGGGCAACUGGCUGGGAGAAGCGCCGUACAAGGUGGGGCGGCCGUGCUCGGCCUGCCCCCCCACCUACGGCGGGGGCUGCUCCAACAACAUGUGCUUCACCGGACUUAAAUCCAACCAAGUCAGCUGGUUCUAG